ACAAAUAAAUGGCAACCUAUUGAUUCUUCAUUCACUCAGGACAAUCUCCAUCCCAUACAAUACAAAGCUUACUCCUCUGGAUUUCUCUCUUCCCUUUCCACUGCCUCAUGGUUCCAGAGUUAGAGAAACCUCGGGUCACAGAGAUACAGGUCCGUAUGGACUGUAACGGGUGUGUACAGAAGAUUAAGAAAGCACUAAAUGGCAUUAAUGGUAUAUAUGAUCUCAAUAUUGACUUCCCUCAACAAAAACUGACAAUAAUAGGGUGGGCAGAUCCAGAAAAGAUUGUCAAAGCAAUUAAGAAGACAAGGAAAAUUGCCACCAUAUGUUCUCACACCGAACCGACAGAGCCACCUGCUCCACCAACAGAACAAACACCUGAAGGUGCUGGACCGCCCACUGAUGCAGCAAAGCCUCCACCACCAGAUGCUCCAACAUGCGGACCAUCAGAACCACCAAAAGAGCCACCACCGCCACCUGAAAAUCCACAGCCAGACACUCCACCACCACCACCACCACCCCCCAUGGCUCCAGAAAGUAGCACAGGCCAGCCAUCACAGAACCCUUCAGUACUAAAAGAUGUAGGACAGGUUCAUGUCAUACACCACCAUCAACCUGACUAUGGCUAUGGCUACCGAUAUGGUUAUGAUCACAGUUAUGGUGGCCAUUGGCAAAAGUACCAUAAUGGACAAGGAUCACCACAUGAACCACCACCACCACCACCCGUCCAAGGAUUGCCACAAGAACCCCCACCACCACCCGUCUAUGUCACACACAGCUACAACACAUACAAGCCAUCACCUUAUGUCACUGAAUAUGAGUAUGUCCGGUCACCACCACAACAAUUACAUUACAGUAGGAUGGACUACAGUGAGGACUAUCACAACAGCAAUAAUGGCAAUGGAAAUAUCACAUCAAUGUUUAGUGAUGAAAAUCCAAAUGCUUGUAGGAUAAUGUAGAAGACAUAAAGGCCUGUAUGAAAGGGAGGCUCUUUCUUUUGCCUCCAAGAGAGACUUUGGCAAGAAAGUUAAUGGGAAUUAUUAGUAAAAUAAUUAAAUUUGGUGGAACAGUAAUAUUUUCUAAUAAGCAUGUGAGAAUAUUAGGAAAGAAUGAGAUUCUAAGCUUGUAAGUGCAGGAAGCAUCAUUCCUGGAUUCCCCUUAUGAGAAGGUUAGUACAUACUGCCUCGUAAUCGCAAAUUUUCAACGAAUCUGG